AUGACGGACCUCACUCCUGAACUCAACAAAUUGUUGAAAAGCCUUAAUGCUCCUCCUACAGCAGAUCCUUCUUUGACACUUCAAAAUAUUGAUGAUUUCGUAAAGGAGGCAUAUCGAAUAAAUGCACAUAUAGCUUCAUUAAAUAGCUAUCUAAGAGAUAUUCGACAAUCCUACCUUUCAACAGCACCUCCUCCACGACGAACCAAUAUAUCUUCGAGAACGAAGCCAUGGCGAUACUUGAACGAUCGCCAACGCGAAGAAAUCGAUGCCGAAACGAAGAAAUUAUUACGAGGAUUAAAUGUUAGUAUACGAAGUAUGGAUGAGGCUGAAGGAAUUCGACAUACUGCUGAAACGGUCAUAUUACAAAAUAAAUACGUGCGAGCUCUGGGACGUUUGGGGAAUUGGGCAGCAGGAGGUGGAGAACAAUCAAAAUCCAUGGAGCAAGAAUUGGAAGAAGCAAAAUUAAAUGCAAUCAAGAUGCAUCGAGAUAAUAUUGUGUGGUAUUUACGGCAGAAGCUUUCAGAAUGUGGAAAUCUUCAAGCUUCAAUGAUGGAGAAAAGAAUUAUGAGGGAAAUGGAGAAGAAUAAGAGUAAUUUGGCAAAAUCUCGAGCCAUGAUGCCGGAUAUGGGGGAUUUUGGAGGUUUAUCGUCCGCCAAAUAUACUACGAGUGGAAAUACCCAUCUGGAGACACAAUCACAAUCACAACCACAACCCUCAUUUCCUGAACAAGAGUUGAGUCCGGAACAAAUACAAAUGUUUGAGCAAGAGAAUCAUGAUAUGUUAAAACACUAUCAGAGUACUUUAAGUCAAGUCAAAACCGCAGAAAAGUCCUUGAUUGAAAUCUCCGAGCUUCAAACACAACUUUUGAAUAGUGUAGCAUCACAAGCGGAACAAAUCGACAUCUUAGCCGAACAAUCUCAUCAAACUACGGAGGAUGUUGGAGGAGGUAAUAAAGAACUGAAAAGGGCAACCCAACGCAAGAGUACAGCAAAGUACCCGAAAGCCAAAUAG